GGAGAUCAAAGCGGGUGAUGUCACCGGCGAGAGAAACAGGUCAGGCGAGCCCAGGUAAAAGGAUGACGUAUCACAAAGUCAGUGCAGACCAGAAGGCACAAUACUUGGACAACGAGGAUCUGCCAGCAACCACACUUGAACUGGAAUGGGACAUGGAGAAAGAAUUGGAAGAGCUGGGCUUUGACCAUUUCCAGUUGGAUGGGGCAAUCCAUCAACAGACGGGAACUAUGCAAAACACUGACAUUGACUUGGAGCCCAUUCAACCAUCAGCAUCUCCAAAAGGACGGUUCCAAAGGCUUCAAGAAGAUCCUGAUUAUGUCUCCCAUUACACAAGGCCUCCACCAAAGAGCAAUUGCUGCAGCUUUUACCGGAUAUUUAAGCUAUUUUGCACUGCUGUGUGUUUAUUACUUUUGGGGAUUUUGAUAGGUUAUUAUGGACAUGAAAAAUGCCCUCCUUCCCCUGUAUCACCAGAACGAAGCGAAUCUCACCCCGGCAAGGACAUUUUUGAAGAGAUUGAAGUUAAAAAUCUUGCACAGAUUUUCAGAGAUUUGAUAGAGUUGCCAAAGAAAGAAGACAGAGAUCUUGCCACACAGCUUCUUGUUCAAUGGUCAUCUUAUGGCCUUGAAGACAUCCAGCUCGUAAAUUACUCUGUCCUUCUUGACCUGCCGGGCUCUUCUCCAAAUACAGUGACUCUGAAAAACACUGGCGAAUGUUUUUUUCCUACCGGACAGCUCUGUAACAAAGAGACCCAAACGCCUCAUAGUCAAGACCUUCUGUACUCCUAUGCUGCUUAUUCUGCCAAAGGAAUUCUCACGGCUGAAAUUGUAGACGUGCAGUAUGGGACCGUGGAAGAUUUGCUCAGGAUUCCAGACAUCACCAAUGUCACCCACAGAAUUGCCCUUUUGAAACUAGGAUGUUUGCCAUUGCUGUAUAAGCUUUCUUUGCUAGAAGAGAUGGGUUUUGGAGGGGCUCUUCUUUACAUUGAUCCAUGCGAUUUACCAAAGGUGCAAAAUCUCAGCAAUAAAGCAUUCAUGGUAGCCUUAAACAGUGGAGGUGAUCCUUCGACACCUGGGUACCCAAGUAUUGAUGGAAGCUAUAAACAGAACCGAUCAAACCUCACUUCUCUGAUAGUCCAGCCUAUUUCAGUCACGCUAGCAAGAAAGCUACUGUCUUCCCCAAAGGAAGGUGUUGAAAAUGAAGUGUGCAGGCCACUGGAAUUGCCUGUAACAGAAAGAAAAGUUGUCGUACUGAAUGUUCAGAGUCAGCCGACAUACAAGACAAUGUCUAAUGUUAUAGGAUAUUUAAAAGGUGGUACACUUCCGGAUAGAUACGUCAUCGUUGGCAGCCAUCACAGCAGCUUACGUGGACACAGCAGCCAGCAGUGGAUGCACGGCACCGCGGUGAUGACUGCACUUAUUCAAGCCUUGACGCAGAAAGUGAAGAAAGGCUGGCGGCCGGAUCGAACGAUAAUCUUUUGCUCAUGGGGAGAAACGGCAUUUGGCAAAAUUGGCUCCUAUGAAUGGGCAGAGGACCUCAAGAAAGUUCUUGAGAGAAAUGCGGUGGCUUACGUGAGUCUUCAUAAUCCUGUAAGAGGCAAUGCAGUUUUACACUCCAUAGCGUCCCCUUCCCUUCAACAAUUGGCAACUGAGACUAGAAAGAGAUGGAAUUUCAGCUGUCUGGGGCAAGAGCGAUGCGUGGGAUCCAAUGUCACUUCCGUACAGAUGCAAGGCGAUUCUGAUUAUUUCAUCAACCAUCUCGGGGUCCCAGCGGUGCAGUUUUCAUAUGAAGAUUCGACAGCAUCUGAGAGUGCAAACUUCCUCUCAGAAGCCCUUUUCCCUGCAUAUUCCGCAAUAUCUUUGGAGCCGGAUUCCUCCUUUAACCUGCAUGAACACAUUGCUAAGCUGACAGGAGAAGUAAUUUUGCAAAUUGCCAGCAAUCCAGUUUUGCCGUUUAAUGCCCUGGAUAUUGCACUAGAAGUUCAGAAAAGCCUAAAAGAUGACCAUCUGGAUAUUGAGCCAUUGCUGAAGGUGGCCUAUUCUCUGCGAGAGAGUGCACAGUUGUUCCAAUCGGAUGAAAUGCGCCCGGCUAACGACCCAAAGGAAAGAGCUCCCACCCGUGUAAGAAUGCUAAACGACGUUCUGCAGAGUCUGGAGAAAAACUUCCUAGUUCAACAAGUUCCUCCAGGAUUUUACAGAAACAUCCUUUACAAACUGGAUGAGAGGACGCAGCAAUUUUCCAUACUGCUAGAGGCGGUCGAACACUGCAAGCUACAUCAUUCAAACGAGACUCUUCAAGCCGUCUUGUCAAAAGUGCUCGACAGCUUCAAUUCUGCUCAGGUUUAUUUCAAAGCAGGACUCGAUGUCUUCGAGGCUGCCUUGGUGGGGAGGAAAUGA